AUGCUUUUUUUCAUUAGCGAGUAUCUAACCAAUAAAUGCUCUUAUAAGAGCAAUGGAGUGAUCGGACAGCUCAAAUAUCUUUGGCAAGAAAAAUACUUUGAGGACCAAGUAAUUCAAAAAGGUAAUUUGACUAAAUAUGAAUAUUCAGCAUAUAGUACUUAUGACUUACAUUGGGUAUCAGGAUCUUUUUGUCCAAAGACAUCAGGCAAAUAUAAGAUUGAGAGCAGAGGCAAACCAUGCUUAUACGCAAGAUUCAACGACGAACAAGAAUUUAAGCAAGAAGGUGAUUUUUGUCUUGUAGGAGAUCAAUAUUAUACAAUUACAGAUCGAUACCUAUAUGCAAACAGAUGCUACCCUCUCCUAAUUGGAACUUAUCGUAAAUGUGUUGCUGAAGGACUCUAUUCAAAUCUUAACGACCAACGUCUUGAUAAUAAUGUUGCCACACUAAUAGACUGUGAGACACAAGACUGUUUGCCAGGAUAUUACACAGAUACAUGUGAAUUACAAAAUGAUGCCGAUUGUAAUGGUAAUGGCGAACCAGAUUACGGAAGGACAUCAGAUGGAAUUGGUUGCACUUGCAAACGCUUUGAUUCUAACAUCUUUUGUGAAGAUACUUCGAAAUUUCAUUUCCCAGAAGGCCACAGAGGCGUCCAAUUCACAUCAUAUUAUAACACUUCAAGAGUUGACGCAUUACAUAUUUAUCCAAACUUUGAGGAUCUUCACUUUUCAGAAUCAUAUUCAACAAUUGAACUUAAUACAAUUCUUUACGUUCCACAAAACACAUAUUUAGAGUUCAGACUGUCAUCAUCACUUGGUGCACAAUUAUACAUCAACAAUGAACUUGUUGGUGGAGAAUUGAGCGAUAAAUAUGAAUGUCGAGAAGAUGACAUCGAAGUUCUCACAACAGAGAAGAAGAUGUAUAAUAAAGGUAACUACAACAUUCGUAUUGUUAUGAAUUCAGGUUGUGCUAUCCGAGACCAGUUUGUUGGUCUUGAAUGGAAGUUCUAUCGUUGGUACAAGAACAAUCCACCCGGCUUUGAAGACAUUCCAUCACGCUACCUUGGUACUCCAUCUAACUAG